UCCGAACGUUUUUUUUUGAGCAGCUCGUUAGGUAUUGAUACGCAGCCUUUCUCCAGUGCAGCAUCCGCCAUAUUGUCUACCAGGAGACGCCGAGAGCAUCUGGAGGGCCAUGAGGAAUGACUUCUAGGAUUGCUGUGUCUCCUGAAUAAGCUCCUGGAUGUCCUCUUUCAUUCAAAUUACAAUCAGCCUAUGCUCCACCAUAAAGUCAUCACAUCUGCCUUCAUCAGCUCCACCUUUCAUUUGCUGCUUGGAGGAACCCUCCAAGGUGUUUCAGGGAAUACCUUGUGUGUAGAAUAUGUCUGGCCCUGUCCCAAGUCGCUCUCGAGUUUACCCUGAUGUAAACACACAGCGACCCAGAGAGUACUGGGACUAUGAAUCCCAUGUGGUGGACUGGGGAAAUCAGGAUGACUAUCAGUUAGUGCGAAAGCUUGGCCGGGGAAAAUACAGUGAAGUGUUUGAAGCCAUAAACAUCACUAACAAUGAGAAAGUAGUCGUCAAAAUACUCAAGCCAGUGAAAAAGAAGAAAAUUAAACGAGAAAUAAAAAUUCUGGAGAACUUAAGAGGAGGCCCCAACAUAAUAACGCUUUUAGACAUUAUAAAGGAUCCUGUGUCCCGAACACCAGCGCUGGUUUUUGAGCAUGUUAACAACACGGACUUCAAGCAACUGUAUCAAACUUUAUCAGACUAUGACAUCCGCUUCUACAUGUAUGAAAUUCUUAAGGCUCUCGACUACUGCCACAGUAUGGGAAUAAUGCACAGAGACGUAAAGCCACACAAUGUCAUGAUUGACCAUGAGCACAGAAAGCUUCGUUUAAUUGAUUGGGGCUUGGCUGAGUUUUACCACCCAAACCAGGAGUACAAUGUACGUGUGGCUUCCCGAUAUUUUAAAGGCCCUGAACUACUUGUGGACUAUCAGAUGUAUGACUACAGUCUGGAUAUGUGGAGUCUUGGAUGCAUGCUGGCCAGUAUGAUCUUCAGGAAGGAACCAUUUUUCCAUGGACAUGACAACUACGAUCAGUUGGUUCGGAUUGCAAAGGUUCUGGGUACUGAGGACCUGUAUGAUUACAUUGACAAAUAUAACAUUGAGCUGGACCCACGCUUUAAUGACAUUUUGGGCAGACACUCCCGGAAGAGAUGGGAACGGUUUGUGCACAGUGAGAAUCAGCACCUGGUCAGUACCGAGGCUCUGGAUUUUCUGGACAAGCUGCUUAUUUUGGAUUUUAGCACGAACAGCCUUAUUUAUUAA